AUGGUUGAUCCAUUUUCAGAUCAAAGGCGAUCAACAUUAGGGACGCGCUCUCCAUCCCUCAGUUUAAUUCGCCUCCGUUCAUCAAUAGGCUCUUUCCCAAUGACAGGCUCCUUAAAAGACCGCUAUGACCAGCUUAUGGAAGAAUUCCACACCUUGGAUAAAACAGGGAACAAAGCUUUUACAUUUGAAGAAAUCCAUGAGUUUUUAUCUAACAAGCAAAAUGAGCCAUUUGAUGCAGGCUUAUGCCAAGAGCUAUAUGCAAGGAUUGAUAAAGACUGAGACUCCCUUAUUACCGCUGGGGACUUUGUGGGGUCAUAUGUUGAUGCUGAGUACAUAGUUAUGAAACGAAUCCGGGAACUAAAGAAACAAAUCAAAGAUAAUAAAAAACUAGUUGAAGAGUACCAAGGAAAACUAAGCGAAGCUAGAGAAAAAGAGCAGAAAAACGAGUAUGGGAUCAUGAAAGACAGCAUGCUAACAGUUAACGUAGUUGAUGCUCAAGAUUUACUAGCAAUGGAUUCUAGUGGCUUAUCAGACCCUUAUGUAAUCCUGGAAUGCGAAAACCAGACAUUUCAAACCAAGGAUAUCCAGGCCACUGUAAAUCCCAAAUGGAAUGAAGAAUUCAAAUUUAAUAUCGAGCAUGGCACAGGGAAUCUGAAGCUCAUAGUUAUGGACAGAGAUACUGAAGACAAUGAUGACUAUCUUGGAGAAGUAUCUAUAAAAUUAAGCCAAUUAAAAGACCAAAUCAAACAUGAUCAGCUUUAUAGCUUGAAAAAUAAAGACCCAAAAGGAAAAGAACAAGGAGAGCUGCACUUAAAAUUGCAAUGGGUUUGGAGCAGAAUUGGGCAAUAUGAAGACUUGGUUAAUCAGAAAAACGAAAAUAUUGAGUUUGAUGGAGAAGAGCUGAAAUCGCUAGAAGAACAAGUUGGGAAAUUAUUUAAACCUUUUAGUAAUUUAGAUCAUCCAAAUGAAUGAAUGCUGAAAGAAGAAGCAAGAACUCCAAGGACUUCAGUAAAGUCUAUUUUGUCUGCAAAAAUUGAUGUUGUUACGAAAGAAAUAGAACUCCCAAGCUUUGCGAGCCAAAAAUCGUUUACACAUUAUUUGAUAUAUUCGUUACUUUUGAUGUCGACGCUAAUUAUGAUUUCAAGGCCAGAUUUUGUCAAUGUAAAAUUUAUGUAGCUUAUGAUUUUUAUAUUUGCAGCUUUUAAAAUUUCAACUAGAUCUGAGACAACAAAAAUGUAUAAGCAGCUUUCAAAGCUAGUUAUAGCUUCGUUGGUAUAUGAUUUCAUAUGGUUUGCAAUAUAUCCAUCUAGCUCUAUUUUAGAUUUUUCAGUGUAUUUAAGCUUUCUGCUGUUUCUCAUGAAGAUCCCUGCAUUUAUUAUAUUUUGGAAAAAAACUAAUUAA